AUGGCAGUUGACUUGGAACAAGCGGUAAGAUCCAUGUAUCCUUUUCUGCUUGACAGUGAAACAUUUCUGACCAAUGACGCUUGGGUACUCGAUUCAGGAUGCGGGUUCGGGUUAACCAGUGAGGAGUCCCGGUUCGUGGAGAAGAGGCCCGACAACGGCUACAUGUUUACAUUUGCAGAAGGGUCUAAGCAUACAAAUACACACAUUGGUACUGUGAAACUUUAUUUGCAUGGUCCGGGAGGUAUCCGACCGUUUCAGUUUACAAACAUUGCGCUUGUACCGCAUGCUAUUCUAAGCGAAUACUGGCUACAAAGGGGAGGGUAUCAGAUUAUAGGGUCAGCCAAUGGCGACUUUAAAUUUGUCCUCUAUAAGAACCAAUUGGUUUUUGUGGCCAAGGCAAUUAACGGGGCGUAUUAUAUACAAUCCAAAACAGUAAAAGAACGACAAGCGUUCUGCCAUGCGGUGAAAACGCAACCAUGCAAGCCAUUGGCACUGCCAGGAGUGGGCAAAGUAGAGGCUGCACUAAAGGAAUGGCACGCAAAGUUGGGGCACUUGAACAAAGAGCAGGUGAUCACAAUGUUGACCAAACCAGUGGUAGCCGGUAUGCCCACACUAAAGGCAUCUGAUCUAAGGCAAGUGCCAUUCUUCUGUACAACAUCACGAUACACAUGGACACAAAUGGUCCGAUGA